AUGGAAUCCAGAGCCACUGUAAACAACGUCACGGAGUUCAUUUUCACUGGCCUCUUCCAGGAUCCAGAGGUGCAGAGGGUGUGCUUUGUGUUCUUCCUCUGUGUGUACCUGGCCACAGUGGUGGGCAAUGGGCUCAUUGUCCUGACGGUCAGCUUCAGCAAGCAUCUCUCCUCCCCGAUGUACUUCUUCCUCAGCUCCCUGUCCAUGGUGGAGAUCUGCUACUCCUCUUCUGUUGUCCCUAAAUUUAUCAGUGACUUCCUUGCCAAGAUCAAAACCAUCUCGAUGAAGGGCUGUCUGGCUCAGAUAUUCUUCUUCCACUUCUUCGCUGUGGCAGAGAUCCUGUUGCUUGUGGUGAUGGCCUAUGACCGCUAUGUGGCCAUCUGCAAACCUCUCCAUUACAUGAACAUCAUGAGUCGUCACGUGUGCCACACGCUGGUGGCUGGUUCUUUUGUGGGAGGCUUUCUCCACUCUAUCAUUCAGGUACUGAUCACCCUUCCACUGCCCUUCUGUGGUCCCAAUGUGAUCGACCACUACUUCUGUGACCUUCAUCCUUUAUUCAAGCUGGCCUGCACUGACACCCAUGUGGAGGGAAUUGUUAUAAUGGCUAACAGUGGGUUAUUCUGUGUCAUUUCCCUCCUCAUCCUGGUGUCCUCCUAUGUGGUCAUCUUGUUCAGCCUGAGGAAGCAUUCUGCAGAGGGGAGGCGCAAGGCCCUCUCCACCUGUGCCUCGCACAUUACAGUGGUUGCCUUGUUCUUUAUGCCUGCUACCUUCACCUACAUUAGGCCCGCCUCCACCUUCACUGGGGACAAACUGGUUUCUGUAUUCUACACAGUCAUCACCCCCUUGCUGAACCCUAUCAUCUACACACUCAGAAACAAGGAGGUGCUUAAUGCUAUUGGGAAGUUCUGGUGCAAAAUAUGA